CUCAGAAUAAAGAGGGUUUAGAGGGUCCUGAAGAAUAUCCUGAGCUUUCCUAUGUGAUAACCCUCCUCUGAUAAACAAGCCAGAAGUCAUUCAGAUCACAACCAGUGAUUUUAGAAGCUCAUCCUCACAAUUUUACCUUAUAUUUUAUCCGUUUUCUUUGCACUUUAAUGGUUCGGAUCACUUGUGGUUUAUGGCUAUAAUUUUGAAAGUUAACACCGGAUGUCAUGUGUGUUACACUGUGGUUGAUUUGACAGCAAUCCACUGAGCAGCUGAGACUCCUCUACGCCGUAAAAAGGGAAAAGCUCGCAGUCAAAAACAAUGAGGGCGCACGACGCGCAACUCGCUCCAAGCCUCUCCAACAGCGGCGGAGUUUUUCCUCCCGGAGGAUUCAUAGCAUGCGUCUGUGCGCCAGCGGGAGAGAGAAGGAUCACAGGAAUAUAACUUGACGUAUCUGCGGAGUUUGUUAUUAUUUUUUUAUUUGCAAGAGAGGAGGGAAAGGAAUCAUGCCUUUUUGCAAACGGACGAUACUUCCGAAAGAUGUGUGCAAGCCCGACGGCGGGAGGCUGCGGGAGGCUGCGCGCCCGCGGCAGCUUGAGAUUUUCGGGGACUUGGUGGACGUGUGCGGCUUCACCUUGUGCUCGGUGCUCCGGCAGCUGUCGGAUCUGUCCCGGCACUCGGUGAGCAUCCUGGAGGAGCUGGAAGGAGAGCUGGUGUCAGUCUGCCACCGGUCUGGCGCGCUGGAGGGCAGAGUGGUCCGGCUGCAGAGGCACGUCGCGGAGCUGGUCAGCAAACCUCCACCGAGAACCACCAGCGGACUAGAGGCGGAGAGCAGCAGGCGUGGCGGCAGCAGCAACAGCAGCCACGGCGACGGCAACCACAGCAGCAGCGGCGGCGGCGGAGGAGGAGGCAGCAGCAGCAGCAGCGGCGGCGCGGCCCACUUCAGGUCUCCAUGGCAACAGAGCGUGAACGUGUUCGGCUCGUGGAGCAGGCCUGAGUGUGUCGAGGAGCUGCACCAGCAGGCGCAGCUCAACCUCCAGAGCCUGCUGCAAGACUUUGAGGAGCAGUUGUACGACACCAAGCUGACCGGUCAGACGUUCCGACACCCGUCCUCGCAGAGCUCCGACGACACGUCCACCUCGCUCAGCCGAUCGCCCAUCUCCCUCAACAACAAGAGGCCUGACUUUAUCUUCCUGCCGGCGUCCAAACAGCUCUACGAUGAUGAGACCACCUCCUCAGUGUUCGGACUGAGGUCUGUGACCGACCCGUCUCCCUCCCCGUCCCCGUCCCCCUGCGGCUCAGAUCGCCCUCCGUUGGGUUGGAGUAGUAACAACAGCAGCAGCAGCACGGCCACUUCUGCUACCACCGGACCGCCUGUCGCAGAGAAACCCCGCUGGCACCUGGGUAGACGCGCGCCGGGUCACUUCAUACCGCUCGACGUCACAGGUGAAGUAGGAGGCGGAGGGAAAUUCCACGGUGUUGACCUCCUGCAGCACUCCCCGUCCCCAUCCCCCUCUCCAGGGGAGCCCUACCCCCACCAGCCCCGCUCCCUGGAGCCUAUCACCAACACCCCCCACCAGAACCUGCCCCUGAGGAAGACACACUCUGACCUCGACACAACCUUACCUGCAGAUAACAGUUUGGAGCAUCGCACCCCGGACCAGCUUCACCCAGGAACCAUGGACCACUCUGGGCUACUGUGCUCCAACACACCCUCCCCUUCCUGGAAUGGACCUAAAGGCUCCACCUUUUCUCCCGGAGCAUGGAACGAGCCUUACAAUUACAACAUGAACAAAGGUCCGGCAGUUCCGCCCAAACAGCACAGCAUUAUCGGUAACGCAGGAGGAGGGACGCAGGAUGGCGUGAUGUUAGUGGGCUCAGGACAGUCGGUGAGCUCACACUCCAGUUCAUUCAUGUCCGUGUCAGACCACUCUGGGAGAAGAGGGAAUAACAUACCGGGGAUUUCGCUGGCAGCAGCCAUGAUGGAGAAGCGAAGUGAAACAGAAGGAGCUGCAGCAGAUGGAGGGAGAGGAGGAGGCGGAGGAGGAGAUGGAGGAGGAGGGGGAUAUGGGGAGACAGGGAGAGGAAGGGAGAGGUCAGCACGAUCCAUAGCAGCAGCGAACGCCUUCAAGUUCCGGGAGCGUUCCCUUUCUACGCCCACGGAUUCUGGUUCCUUCUGUUUUACAGAAGGUGGAAUAGGCCAGCCAGACAUCACAUCCACAGGGAAUGGGAAUGUUAUGCCAAUAACAGACCACCAACAGCAACAUCAUCACUUCCUGGGUAUGGGUGAGAACUAUGCCCUCCUCUACCCGAGAGGGAGCUCAGAAGACAGUGCAAGUACCACCGACACAAUCUCCGUCACAGCUUCAGACUACAGCACAGAAGGCCGCUUGCGCCUGCGUUCACGCUCCAUCUCACUUAAGAAAUCCAAGCGCAAACCACCGCCUCCUGUGAGGAGUGUCUCUCUAAUGAAGAACCUCGGAGAAGCCGAGGGGAGGAUCCACCACGAAGGCAGUCUUUACCGAGAUGGCCGGCCAAAGAGCCUGCACAUCCCCAGGGAUCACUUCCCAGACUUCCAGCCUGAUUUCCUCCUACCCAGCUCAUCCUGCUCCUCUAAACCUAGUGUUCGUGAGGGGGAGCUGGGCCAGGGAGGCAGUGAUGGACCUCCAAGCCUGGAGGUGCAGGCACCAGAGAGGGAGGGAGAGACAGAGCUGACCUUCCCCACUCACUGGCAGCUGGGGGAGUGGAAGAACAAUGACCCCUACAGGUCUCUUUCAGGCUCCAGUACAGCAACAGGUACCACAGUGAUUGAAUGUAUGAAAGUCAGAGGCAGCUCAGAGUCGCUGCUCGACUCACCCUCCACCUCCAGAGCUACGUCGCCCUCACAGCUCUCCAUGGAAACUGAUGUAAAGGCCUCUUCACCUUUCAAACCCCCAGGACUUAUGUCCCCGUCAAGUGGUUAUUCCAGUCAAUCAGAGACUCCAACCCCAACUGUUCCACUCAGUCAUGUGGCAGGACCAGGGACAGUGGGGACAAUGGGGACAUUGUCAGGGUGUAAGAUGCGCCCAAAGAUCCCAGAAAGAAAAUCAUCGCUACCAUCACCCAAGGACCCUGCUGCAAGGUCUAGAUUGUCCUUUGAAAUGCCUGGGAAUGCACAUCUGGAGCUUUCGUCGAUCAAGCCAAAGCAAAAGGCCAGCAGACGACAUUCUGACACCUCCACGGCGGCAAAACCUGGAAAAAUCAGCCCAAGCUCUUCACAGGCAUUACCUGUGGUUACCCAGAAUGAGCUAAAGACUAUUCGGCUUCGCUCUGUCUCUCGCGGUGACCUAGAGGACUGCCCUGAUGGGGCAUCUGACACCAUUGAAGAAGAACAGCAUGGCCAAGACCUAGGCGAGGACCCCAGCCCACCACCCACUCUACCAAAACCCAAGCCACCUGUCGCUGUUAAGCCCCCCUUGCCCAAGCGGCCCCUAAAUCUCCUCCUGAAGUCUCCUUCCCCCUCAUCCACUUCCCCCCUUGCACUCGACUCACCUCCUGCCUCACCUACAGAACGGCCAGUGCCCCUGGGUAACAUUUACAAAGUCAUGAAAAAACCCAAACCCAAAAAGCCUCUGCCGCAAACUCCUACAAGUCCCUCAGUGCCCCCGGAUUUAAAUUCGACUAUCACCCCACAAACUUCCUAUGAUCAUCAGUUCCUCCCCCACCCCCAGUCCCUCUUUGAUCUCCCUCCUCUCCCAGACCCCCAGCCUCUCCUGGAAGACCCAGUGUUGGAGCCUGAGUUUGAUGCUGACCCAGAGAUCGAGCUUGGGCCUGCAGAUGGAGGCUCACUCCCCUCUCCCUGCAGUAACCAGGAGGUCCCAGAGCUCCAAGACAAGAGCAAGACACUCCCCUCAAGGAUGACAAUCUCCUGUCUGGCAGAGCUGUCAGACAAAAAGAAACCCAAGGUUCCACCCCCAGUCCCCAAGAAGCCGAACGUCUUGCUUCUUCCCUCAUCAGUCCAUUCCUCAACCAACGGCAGCACAGACCGUCAGACACCGCAGACCGACAGCCCUGUUGGACUUCGGUCUCCUGUAGGAGCUUUCCCACCGGAAGAUAUUCCUACUACUCCCAAUGUCCCUGAAAUGCCAGAGCAAGAUGAGAAUCAUUUUGGAACAGAUGAAGACAGUUCAAAAGAGUCAUCACUUCAGUCAUCUCUCCAGGAUUCCUCCCUCACAGAGCUGGAAGAGAAGAUGACCAGCACUGGGAUCGGGGCAGAUGACUCAUCAGCUAGUGAGAAGAUGGUACUCCACAUCGCUGAGGAAACAGAUGAUGACUUGUUGGCCACCAUGCCUACAACACACACCACUGAGGACCUGUUCACUAUUAUACACAGGUCCAAGCGGAAGGUUCUUGGUCGCAAGGAGCCGUCGGACUCCUUCGGUAGCCGCCAGAGCCUGGUGUCCCCAGUGAAGCACAGCACCAGUGGUGGCGACCUCCGAAAUCUCACCUUGGGCAGCAGCCAGAGGUCGAGCUCCCGCAAUGAGAACUUCAUGGCCCUGCUUCAGAAGAAAGGCAGCAAGUCUUCCAGCGGAGGGGCCAGGGUCUCUGCCAUGGAACUUCUCAAAAGCACAAACCCUCUGGCACGACGUGUCACAGAGUUUUCAACCACCACGUCGACGACCGCCGAGGGAGGAGAGGCGGCAUCCGGCAACGGCAAACCCAAUGAUCAAUGAACUGACGUAUUGUAAAAGGAGGCUAACCAGGUCUGUUUGUUGUUGACAAAGCUACCAACCAAUUCUACAAUCUGCCACCCACUGGAGACGGGGCCUUCUGACAAACAUGUCCAACUGGAUCGCUCCAACUACUGAUUGACCAUUUGCACUGUCCAAUCAUAUUGGAGCACAUUUUUUGGACAAAAUGGUCCCUCCCAUGGUUGGAGCGUUAUUGUUCCCUGUCAAACCGGUCCCUCUAGGAAAGCAAGAAAAUCUGUGGAGAGCCAAGUUUGUUCUCACUAUAUUUUCAAUGAAAGGUGGAGGUUUUGAGGUCAUGCUUAAACACUGCACCGUGUUUUCCUUGUUGGGGAUUUGUUCAGUGUGGAGGCCGGAUGGGUGAAAGAAAAGGGAUGUGCAGAUGCUGGGAAUACGAGGAUAUACAGUGGAUAUCUACUCCUGGCUACAUCUAGAUGACAACAACAAGAAGAGGCCCUAAUGACGACAUCCUCUGUGGUACAGAUCUAUACCACAGAGGAUCAGUAAUCAAAUGAAUCCAAGAAAUAAAUGGAAUAAAACACAGAAGAUGUGAGAGUUUCAAAUGAUUCCUCUACGAUUCAACCAAAACCCUCCAACCAGUAGCACUACAGCACCGACACCUGUAGACCCAUAUGAAUUGAAGGGUACAUUUUUAACGGUGUGAUGAGGCAUUUGAGAAAGCCAAUAUGCCUAAAACCUUGGACAUUGUGGCUCUAUGGUAAAUGCUAUACCAUAGCAGGCAGCAGCGGUGUCGUUUUCAAAAGACAACAUUCGGAUGAAGCGCAGGAUUUACAAAGAGAAACCACAUGGGGGCUUUUUGCCACCAAAGAUCAGGCAUGAGCAUGUCACAGAUUUCGUUGCUCAUGCUAUGAACAUGAACCUUCACAAAUACAUUCCACAGAGGCACCCAGCAAGCGGACGACAUUUUGGAACGCAAGCACUUUUCUCUUUUUUUUUUUUGGCGUCGGAGGUCGUUUACACGGCGCAGCCUUUGCGUCGCUCAGUUUUCUUGAGACACUCGACUGGUGUCCGUCCUUAUUAUUUUUAUUAUUUUAUUUUUGCUUAUAUUUUUUUUUUUCUUACACAUGCUAGAUGGCCAUACACAUGUUUAAUUGGACUGUGCUGUAUGUAUCAUGUACAAAGAUAAAUGUAAUGCAUCUAUCAACCAAUAUUCAUUUACGAAGACAAAAAAAUAGACAGUGUACAGAUAUCAGCAAGCAGCUUGGACAACAAACUGCCCACACGAUGGAGGGAACACACACACAAAGACUAAGGAGUGAUGUCAUGGAGGACAAGCAGAAGAGAGACCUAUCUACACAAGCGUGUGUGUGUGUGUGUAUUCAUAUGAGUGUGUGUGCAGAUGAAAUCACGCCUGUGGAGUUUCUAUACGGAGAGUAUGAAGCAGGUCUGGUUAUUAAACAGGGUUUUUAUUCGUUUUGGGCUCUGGUGACAGGACCAAAGGACUGUUAAAAACUACAAACAGGCCAGAGGGGACCUAGCAGUGUGUGUGUGUGUGUGUGUGUGUGUGUGUUCAUGUACGUGUAUGUGUGUGUGUGCAUGUAGAGGGAAGUGCCAGGAACUGAGUGGGAGAAGAAAGAGAGGGAGAAUACAUGUAGUGUUUUGUGCGUCUGUUUUAGUGUUUGUGUGCGCUUCACACUUCGCUGCGUGUGCAUGCUCGGACUCGCACAUGUCUGUGUGUGUGUGUGUGUGUGUGUGUGUGUGUGUGUGUGUUUAUGUGUGCAUCAUCAACCUUCAUCCUUCAUCCCUUCCUUUCUUGGGAAUGCUGUAGGAUUCAAGUCACAGAACCCCGAAAGGAGAUUCUAGAACCAGGAUUCCUAAAUCAAGAGUAUUCUGGAAGCAAGCGAGCAUGCGAAACAGUUCCAGAACCCGACGGAUUCUGGAACGAGGGUGUCUUGUGACAUCAUAAUCCUGUGCAGAGGGACAUUACAGGGCCAAGUAGUUUCCGUUUGUCUCGCCCUCCUCCGUGCACGUUUUCACACGCCGUCUCUCCCAAGAGGGGAGGUACCGCUCGUCCCUCUCCUCCUUUUUUUUUUUCAUCAACUGCCGGAGCACUCUCUCCAUCUGUCUCUCUGCAUAUAGCAUCAUUCUCUUUUAUUCUCUUUCCGCCUUUCUCUAUCCUCUCCUCUGGCACAUAGCACACACUGUCUUUUUUUUCUUUUCUAUACACUGCAACCUCUCUCCGAUUUUGCACGUAGCACCGCCUCUCUAUUUGCCCUCCUCCCUUCCUCUUUUAACCUUCUCUCCAUCCUCUCCUCUCUCCCUGACCCUCCCCCAUUUUUCCGCUAACCUUCCCCUGUCUUUCUUUCUCUCUUCCUCCUCUCCACCUCUCUCUGCAUUCAGUCUAUGCAUCUGAGCUCGGCAGUCAGACGACACGACACCGGAUGAAUGUCAAUGAAUGACUGUUAAGAAAAUAGAUGCUGUGCUUAGUUUGAAAGCGCAAAAAAAAGAAAAAGAAAAAACAUCCUUCUCUUGACACUUAUCUUCUGCCUUCUCUCUUUUCUUGCUCUCUGAGUUUUUAUACUUUAGCUUUCUUUUUUGUUUCCAUGUAACAUGGAAUUAACAUGGAUGGGUGUGUGAAUGAAUGAAUGGGUAGGAUCUGUGCACAAACACGGAAACAGGCAGGGUUUGAAUGUGGUUUUGCAUAAAGGACUUUGAAUUUUGGACUCUGAAACACCCUGUGGUCUUUGACCCUGGACCAACCCUCAGUUCUGAAUCCCUGUGUGGACAGUCUGAUAAUUCUGGAUUAGCAGUGGUUCAGCUCCAACACCUGACUUAUCCCCUGCUUGGAUAGACCGUGUGGAGGGAGGAGGGGGGCCUUUCAUCUCUUGACUCCUAAUCGGCAAACUAACCCAUCGGUGCUAUUGUGUCAGAGCUCCCCCUAGUGGACGGAAAAGGAGGAACCACACAUGAGAACGUGAGAGUAAAAAGAAAAACUUGGUCACACACACAUCUCUCUCUUCCUUACGACAGUCCUUCAGGUAUUCCAUCAUCCUGAAAAAAAAAAGAUGAAGAAUUAAAAAUGCAUAAAUUAUCACCAUUUAUGAUGACUAGUCAAGUGACGCUUGUUUUAAAUAUUUAGUGAAUGAAAAAAGAUAAACCUAUAAAACUCUGUGUUUGUUUGCCUUGUAUACUGAAUUUUGGGGCGUGUUGCUGCAGCGCCUACUGUGUUUUUUAUUUGAUUUUAUUUCUUCUUUUUUUUUUUAUAAUUUCAGCUGCCUUGGUGGUUCACACACAAACACGACCUUUUCUAAAUCUAGCCAAAAGAACAUAUAUGUUUAAUCUGUAUCUGACCUGCGAGGAAAACUGAUAUUUUGAUUCUUUACCGAACAAAUAUCUGCCCAAAUCUGCAGAAAACAGCGGUGAAGUUAUAUUUUAGAGCAAUAUCCCCCAGAUAGCAAAUCACAGAUCUGACAUGGCUGGACUGGAAGCAGCAGAGCAGCAACAUGUGUCCAGCAAUGACUCAUCUGAGAUCAUAUAAAUGAUGGAGGGAAAUCUUACAAAAUAUGAUUUGAACUAAACCCACAUAUUUUGUUCAAAAUAUGGUAACAGAGUAGGAACAGAGAAUAGAGAUAUGAGUACACUGUUAGGGCAGAAAGGACGUGUUGUUUUUCAGCACAAUAAUGACAGGAACCAUUGCCUUUCUUGUUAUAAAGUGAUGUGUGGUGUGUAGGUGUGACACACGCUUGCAUCUAAAAGAGUGUGUAAAAGGGUGGGCUGUCAGAGACUGUGUUUCACUUUCAGCGUGUGUUCAGGAUCAAGAAAUCACCGUGUUGUUUUCCUUGUUCCUGCAAAGACAGAUGGCGGGUAUCUUCGACAUGGCACAUUUGGUUUGACAGUGACUUGAUAGUGAAGAGAGAGGUACAAACAAACAAAAAAAAAACAUAUGGGUACACUGGUAAAUAGGGUGCUAUCCCGUGUGUAGGGAUACAAAUCAUUUCUUAUUGAUAAGAACAUUUAUUUUUUACAGAUAUUUCUCAGAGGUAGAGUUGCUACAGAGGCAGAAAUAAUCUCACAGGUUGGGUUAAAGAAACUACUGCGACAUUACUGCCAACUUGCUGCCGAAUUUUUGCUAAUUUUUAGUUAUACUGAAAGAUAACUGACAAAAAAACAUAUUUACAAAGGGAACAAAAUGCUGACCCUCAGUGUAUUUGGUUGAUCCCUCAAAUCUUCCUAUACACUACAAAAAAAUGAGACUAUUAUUAACCAACAAAUGAGACUAUCUCUGCUUACAGAGCAGUUCUGCCUCCUAGAAAUUCCUGUGGAGCUAAAUUAUUAAUCUCUAAAAUAUGUUGACAACAUAUUAUAUUGAAAAUGACAUUUCUACAAAGUGUGAACAUAUAAAAGAGCUGACAAGAGGAAUAUAUUGAAUAUUUAGUAUAUUAUCCCUUCUUUUGGAGGACAAGAAGGGAAGAGAGGAAGGAGGGGAAAUGAGAGUGCAGAGAGGAGGUUUGAUUCUGCUGAAUAUGGGGAUUACCAUGCUGAAAUUUAUACAUAUUCCAUCAUCUUUUCCCUUCACCUCCUCUCUUCCCCUUUUCUCAGCUGUCGCGUGACUCAGAGGAGUAAUCAUGUUAAAAGCUUUUCCCUCUCUCUCUCACUCUCUCUUUUGCUUCACCUACAAAGUGAUAAAAAAAAAGGUAUGGGAAAGCGAGAAAAGAUGGAGCGCUGCAAUCGCUCGUUAAUUAAUUUGGUUACAUUUUACAGCCUGUCGCUGCAGAUAAGGAACUGCUGAAUAGCGACUUGUUGCUAAGAGACGUAAAUAAAAGCUGUGUCGAAAAAGUUAAGUCGGAGAUUCUGAUUUAAGGCAAUGAGUGUUUUCUCUAAAGCCAACAGAAAGAUCACAAUUUAUCUGAAUAUGGAUAAAUGUCCCCUCAGAUUGCAUUAAGAGACUUAUGACUCCAAAACAAAUUUGACCAGAAGUAAUCUCAGUAUUUGCAAAGAAGCCCAAAUUUAAUAUAUGAAAAACAGCUACUAUAUAAGUAAAAACUGUUAUUUUAACAGAGAAAUAUACCACAACAGGGACAAAGCUUUACAGUAAAUGCAACGGUCCACAUUUAGUAAAACCAUCACAGGAGCACUUUUAAAAAGUUCAAUACCAACACAUUAUAUUUUACCACUAUACAACUACCUGCAUGCCAAAUUAAUGAUUAUGUAUAUGUGAGUAUUAUUCAGGGUUUUAACUAUUACUGGACAUGUAGAGCAACGAUUCAUGGUUCUGCUUCCCAACUCAAACCCAGUGGGUCCCAACAAAGUACCAGGAUUUGGGUCAUACUGGGGUUUUACUGCCUAAAGCGUUGGGUUUGAUUUGGUAGUCAAUGUGAUGCAUUAGCCUGGUGAGGUAGUGGAUUAAAUAGGGCAAAAAUCAAGCUUUGACUUCGUGUUGGGUUCAGGUCUUAAAUUUGGAAGUGCCUGUCAGAUCCAGUAGGGUUGGGUGUUAAAGACAUGUGUACAGGCUGGGUUUGGGUCUCAUUUUCAGGACGUGAGCUAAAUAUUUGGGAUAUUUUGGCUGUAGCUCACCAAAGUACUAAGGUAUUCACCUCAAAGCACCAAAAAAUUGCAUUUGAAAAACUGAGAAAUAGUAUCUUAAUCCCAAUUUUAACCAUACCAAUGACCUCCCCAUGGUAAUCCACAGAUCUAACUGUUAAAGGGGACAUAACAUGCUUUUUGUGAUUUUCUGUUACUUUUAUACUGUUAUGAUGUUAGAUGUCUAUGCUAAAUAUAGUCAAAGUUGAGGUGAAUGUAUGGAAAAUGACUUAAAGAGAGACAGGAGUUAAAACGGUUUCAGACAGAGGCUGAACUGAGGGGCUGCAUAAAGAGCCGGUAUGAGAUAAGAUUUAUCUCUAAAUCAUGCAAUGAUAUUACAGUAGAGCCUCAGAAUAAAGAUAUAGACCUGGAAAUGUGAAUGAUACAUCCCCUUAAACACUUAAUUGAGAAUAAAUUUUGAAGAUGUAAGCGCGGUUCGGCUUUACGAGAGAGUGAAAGAGGGUGGAGAAAAAAGCGACAGAGAAAGAGAGAUAGUGGCUGCAAAUUUGGGCCAAAGAGUAUCUAGUAUUUGUUUUAGGAGUGCCAGAGGGGUGAGGUUUACUAUGUUUGGACAUUUCAGGGGUACGUUGGCAUGCUGCACAUCACAAAAACUGAUGUCCUAUGGUGGUAAACCCCACCCCCCCCUCCCUGUGCCGCUCCAAGCAAAGUGAAGCAAACACCCCCCGACCCCCCCCCCCCCCCCUUAGCCCAAUUUAAACCCCAGUUUUGGGGGCUGUACAGGCAGCUUAUAAAAACACAGAGAUGAGACAUAGAAAAAUAUAGAGAAAGAGAGACAGACAGAGUUAUUGGAAUUAUUCUAUUUUUGUUAUUCCUCAUUGAAAAAGACAUAUUUAAAGGAAUAUUCCAUGUACAUGUAUGUAUUGAAUAGCCUCUGUUUCCCUGCCCCAUCCAAUGGUGUGAUCUGUAGCUGCGAGGUAGUGUCAAACACAUAAACGCUUCUCUCUGCAGCCAAGCAAUGCCAAUGUGAUGAAAUUAUUAUAUCAUUAUAAAUAAAUUAUUUUUCUUGCUUAAAAAAAAACAAAAAAAACGGUUGUUUGUUUGCUUACUAUGUGUUGUUGAUGCUGUCUGCCCUACAAGUCUUCAAGGUUACUUUCUGAAUUAGUGUUAAUGAGUUCCCCCAGAGAGACAACAAUGCUUUUGUUAAUUGGGUGUUCAUGUCUACAGUGAAGUAUGAGAUGCCAACUAAAACCUCUUGAUACAAACUUUCAUCAUUAUUUACUUCUUUAGGCCAUUUAGUCUUGAAAGUACAGUACAGUGCACAUUUGUAUAACAGAAGUUGUUUUAUGAAAGAAAUAUGUCUAUCUUUGUUCCUACUUGACAAGAAACAGCUUCAGUGUCUUAUUUGCUUUCCAUUAGAAUGAAAUCUUGAAUUUCCCUUUGGACAAGUUUGAAAAAUCCUGCUGUUUUCCCCAAAUAUUAUC